GCCCUGAUCCUUGCGUGAGGCUGAGCAUCAUGUUCCCAGAGAGCGAUGGCGAAGAGCUCCCUUGCUUUCAUUUCCUAACCAAGCAACUUCCAGGCCAGGAAAACCCUGCCCAACCUCCUCUAGAGGACAGUGUGGUUAUGCUCAGCAGCUCAGAUGCCGAGGAUUCAUCAGCUUCCUCGCCUGUGUGGAAAAAGUCCUGUCUUGCCAAGGAUUUCUCCAGACCUGCCCCUGCCGUCCAAGUGAUCGCUCUGCAGAGCAGCGAGAGUGAGGAGGAUGAGCCUCUAAUCCCCUUGGCUGAGAGGCUCAAGAGAAAGUUCUUGGUUGCCAGUUGCUCCACAGUUGGCACCUCUUUUACUAAGAUCCAAGAACAGAGCAACCAAGACUCGGGUUCUUCCAAUGACAAGCAAGAGGUCGCUGGCUGCGGGCAGCAGUCACUUCCCAGAGGCCUGGGCACCCAGGCAAGAGCUGCCCCCCGGUCUUGGGAAGUGUCAGACAGUGACUCAGAAAUGGCUGCACUUGAUCACAGAAAGCAACCUUUGCUGCAGCCUCUGAAGCAUGUGUCUGAGUGUCUGGUGCAAAAUAACAGCCAUCAUCAGGGCACAGAGAUAAAUCUGAAGCACUUGCCCCUUCAGGCAAAUACAAAACGUAGCCAGGAGGAACUUGACAAAGCCCGCCAGGCUGCAUUGCAGAGGAAGAAAGAGCGAGAAGCUCGGAAGGUGCUGCAGGAGCGGGAAAGGGAGCGGAAGAAGGCCCUCGCCAACCUGCGGAAAGCCCAGAGACCAGAUCAGUGUCUGAAGCACAUUCAAGUAGUGCUUGAUCCAGGUCUCUUGCAGGUUGAAGGGGGAGGGCAGCUGCUGGCCAUUCUGCAGUCCAUGGAAUGCAGCUGUGUGAUUGCGAACCAAGCGGUUCCCCGCAGCAUCACCUGGAGAAGGAAAGCUGGGCUAGCUCAGGCUGACGAAGACAGCUUGACAGAAGAACCUAAUAUUCUAGUUGUAAUGAUGCUAGAAGAGUUUGUUGCCAUGAUUCGUAACUACAAGCAGGUGAGCAUGGAAGGACCUACUGAGACUUUGCAGAGUUUUGUGACUACCGUUAUGAAGAGAGUCCCUGGGAAAACGAUAGCACUGGCCACAGUAGAACUAGAAAAAUAUUUCAGUUCUCACAAACAGAAGUCACAGAAGAAGCUGCCGCAAGCCACGCAGAGUGCCUGCAAGGUACAGGAACCAGGCAAGCAGCGAGGGAAAGCCGGUUCUGUCCCAGAAAUAUCCAGAGCGGACGUGGAAGAAGCCUUGGUGAGCCUGCAGCUUCACACCGGUGUUCAAGUUCGAGUUCUUGAGAGCUGGAAAGAGCUUGGCGACUUCAUCUGCAUGUUCACCAAGGCUGUGGCUGAAGCACCGUUCAAAAGGGAACGCGAUAAAACCGGCUUCUCCUUCUGCCUAGAGGGAGACUGGAGUGCAGGGACGAAGGUGGAACGCUCUGGAAAGGGGCUGCUGCAGGUUUGGAAAAGGCAGAUUCAGCAGUUCAACCGGGUCAGUCUGGAUAUGGCCAAUGCUAUUGUGGCCCAAUACCCCUCUCCUCUGCUUCUGAUGGAGGCCUAUAAUACCCACUCUUCUGAACAGGAGCGACACAACCUUCUCGCAGAGAUACCUGUGCGUCGUGGUGAUGGUGUGACGGCCACUACAAGGCGGGUUGGUCCAGACCUCUCCAAGCGGGUUUAUCUGCAGAUGACUUCCUGCAAUCCUGACCUUUCCCUGGAUGUUACUGGAUGACUCCUUAAAGAGAUUUAAGUAGAAAUACUCUCCCAACAACGUGUGAGGGGGAGCACAGAGGUACAUUAAGCCGGAGUUUUUUAAAAUGUGUAACUGCUCGAAUCAGAGGAAAUACUUCUUCCCUACAGAAAUUCUUGUAAUCACAAGUAUUUCUUGAGCAAAGAGAAACUGUUAAGCAAAGUGGUUCUGAAAAGCUGUUUAAAAGAGCAAUUGCCAACGUGAAUACAAUUAUUCACUGUUUAUGUAUGCUAAGAAAAUGGUCUAACAGGACUGUUGUGAUACAUAACUUAAAGUCAAUCUGACAAUCUUAACCACUUCAGCUUGAAUAUUGGAGCUGGCUGUGUGUCUGCACAGAAGCGGGAUAUUCUUUUGCCCUACAUCUCAUAAAUCCUCAAUCAUUGUGUACUCUCCAUUAAGAGCCUCACAAGCUGUAUUUGACCAAAAGCAUGUGCAUACAUCAAGCCACAAUCAGCUAUGUAC